AUGGAAGCAGGGUCUAACGUUCUCCCAAUCCGGAUCAGCAGACCAGCGGUUGUCCCUCCUUCCCCCCUUCUCUUGACCGUCAAAGAAACCUCCGGACUCAGCCAGCGAUCGGAUUGGUCAACAGCGAGCGAAGGAACCGGAGUCUCAACGAUUGCCCGUUUGAUGUCCGCCAGCACAUUGACCAACAUCUGUUCCUCUGGUAAUCUGGAUAUCGGUAUCGUCGAAGUCUUGAGCGAAGAAGAAUCGGCCCAUUUGAAAUCAUCUAGCAAGACUCAACUCGAAACUAUAGCCCCAUUCCUCGAUCUCACUUCAAAAUCAAGGGAUAUGAAUCGCACACGCAACUCCAGUCACAGAUCUGGAAAUCCAAUCUCACCUCCGAGUCGGGCUCCCGAAUCUGAACGUUACAAACGCACAACUCGACCUGGCCCAGGCUGGAAUAAUGGAUUUGAUGACGAACGCCCUCCAACAUCGGGCCCUUCUUCAUCCAGUAACUUCCAAGCUAUCGGUCCCCCGAUCCACAAGCUCGCCCACAAGCCUUCUAUCGCUCAGAUCGAUCGUCGCGAUCUAAAGUCACUCUCUGGCCGCAAUCCUGUCGCCGGCUCUCAAUGCUUUUUUGAUACAAAACAUCAGUCCACAAAGCCAUCCUUUGGCAGUCAGCGAAUCUUGGACCACGCUUUGAUCAAGAUCAUGCCCGAUGCCCGUCACAACAACACACAACCUUCUACUUCCAAACAAUCACACAACAUCAAAGGUGCCGCCGCAAAAGCUGGACGAAAACCAGAUGAAGGCAAAGGGAAGGGUAAAGCUAUGCUAUCACAUCCACCACCUCACAUCGAUUUGACCGAAGAAUGCGAAGAAGAAGAAGAAGAAAUUGAAAUCUCAUGCCAAGAGGAAACUCAGAAUACCUGCUCGAAUCAAAACGUCAUCGAUCAUCUCUUCAGUGCGAUCGAUACCGGAGAAGAAUCUGACGACCCACUGCUGAUGCCCACUGCUAAGAGGAUUGAAUCCAUGAAGGGAAAGGAUUCUAAAAACUCUAACAAGUCAAUUAAUCGGCAACCACAUAUGAACGGACAGAGCAAGAAGGUAAAGAUCACCUGUGGGCCACCAGUCGUAAAAUUGAAGACAGUGAAAUUUUCGAAGGCUCAAGUCGCUUUUGCUCACUCCGGAGCUUCACUGGACAUGUCGAUUAUAGAACGUUGGAGUGGUCGGUUCUCAUUGCACUUCAGUCUGGAUGAUCAACGACCCGGGCCGGAGGCCUUCGUAAACAUACCUCUGGCUAAAAUCAAACAAUUAUACCACCAUCAUGGUGAACAGCAACCUUCUCAGCUGGUUGUAGAGCUCUUCGAGGACCUCGAUGGCCAGGAUCUGUUCAACAAAUACAUACGACUCCAUAGUGCUGAAUCGAGAGCGGAUCAAUCUUUUAAUGCUUGUUUGCUGGAAGUCCUUGAUGAAUCAUUUAACGUCACUAUGGAAGAACUUGUCACCGCACUCACGAAUCAUCUUAAACCUUGUGCAGUUAAAACUGGUCGCAUUGACAAAAUAUGUACAUUUCGCUUUCCUCAGGAUCCCUGCUCAGACUAUGAGAAGUCUCAGCCUAGCCUCAAAUCUGAAUCAGCUUCCGCUCGGCGGCCUGCUGCACACUCUUCCCACGAACCCUCACCUAAUCCGCAUUCGUCCCCCAAGCCUCUCAAUGGCAAGGCCCUCGACGACGUCAUCAGUACUUUGCCUAGUGUUUCACCAUCGGUAUACAAAUCAAACAAAGUGAAUCAAAUUCAUGUUCCAACAUCCCAGAAUGAGACUGCGAAGCAGACCUCGGACUUCAAAUCCAAGUUGACGGUGAAUCGAAAAGAAGAUUUCAAGGCUUUGAAUUCAAUUCACAAGCAGUCUGAUGAUCUGGAGUGUCAAGCUAGCAAAGCUACCCAAAAGAACACCGACGUCAGGCAGGAACUACAGGAUGGGAAGGCAACUACUCGAUACAACACUAGAAAUAAACAAUCGCAAUCAUCAAUCCCAUUGCCAGUUGAUCCUCGAGCCGAACCUCCCCCGGGGUCAUCUAUUAAUGGUGCUGAUUCAGAUAUUGUCCUAGUGUGGCCUUUCGAGGGUGAACGAAACUGCCAAUCCGUUGCAAUUACCAAAGGUGACAUGAACCGUCUCAACGAGGGCGAGUUUUUGAAUGAUACACUGAUAGAAUUCGGGCUCAUAUGGGAACUGAGUCAAAUCCGCAAACGCAACCCAGAGCUCGUUGCCUCGAUCCAUCUAUUCAACUCGUUUUUCUUCCAGAAGCUUAGUGGCUGUAAGUCUAAGGAAAAAAGCGCAGCUGUUGAAGCAGCGGAAGCCUACCCCGGGGUACGAAAAUGGACCAAAGGAAUUGACAUCUUUAAGAAGGAGUUUCUUGUGAUACCGAUCAAUGAGCAUAUGCAUUGGUAUUUCAUGAUUGUUUCCAAUCCUGGAAAGAUGCUAGAUCCCCAGAUCCUUUUACCCGAACCCAAUCCUGCUACGUUUUCUUCACCCAUGAAAACUCGUUUGUCACACAAGGCUGAAGAUUCUUUCAUCAAGCAAUCAUACCCCACUACACCAGAACCCCCGGUUAAUCAGAAAACAUCCCGCUAUUUUCAAUUACCUGCUGAUACAUCCAAGACGAACUUGGUCCCAGCGCAGCAGGGGACUCCGGCAGAGGAAAUGGUGGUGGAUGAUCCCACCGUUGAUAAUUCGGCUCAAGCCCUCCAGGACAUGGACCUCGACGAUCAAAAAGGCUCGGCUCAAGAUGAUGUGAAAAAUCAUCAGCCUUCCACUACUGCUCCCAAUGAGGACAUGAAAUUACCUUACGUUUUGACACUAGAUUCGCUGGGUACUGCUCACCGACCUCAAGCUGGAACAAUUGUGAGGUACCUAAUCAACGAAGCCAAGGAUAAACUCGAGAAAACCCUCCCUGAAAGCGUGACGAAAGCUGUGACCACCAAGAAAGUCCCAGUGCCUGAGCAACCCAAUUUUUGUGAUUGUGGACUGUACUUGAUCCAUGCCUUCAAGACGUUUUUUAGCCAACCCUUACCAAUGCUGAGAUGGAUACUGGAUUACAACUCUAAGAAAGGUCAAAAGGAGCAACGGCAAAGCGAAAUUUGUAGGAUUUGGGACGCCGCGGGCGCUGCUCAAGCUCGUGCCGCACUCAAGGCUCAAAUCAAUGAACUUAUCCCCCAGUACCAAGCAAUAAUCCAACAGCGAAAUAAAGCUGCGGCAGAAAAGAAGGAGCAAGCUCGGAUCCGCAAGCUUUCCUGCACCGAUGGGCCUCAGGUUACGAACCACGACUCGGCCAAAAAACAGCGUUUUAAUAAUUCUGGGCAAAAUUUUCAAGUCACCUCUAUCUCCGCACGCAGUGGGGCUUCCUGCCCCGAACCUCCAGCACGAUCCACGUCUAACAGACGCUUUCUUGAGGAGAGUUCGAACUCCCAGGCGGAAAAAGAUGAGCUGUAUGAGGAACACAUCACUAGGCCGAAAACAACCAAGAGUACCUCGCCCUCUCCCGCUGGCGAUCAACUGAUGGACACCGUCGCUGACCAAGCGCAAAUCAUUCUGGAUCUUUCACCUGAGCCUAUUGCUGCUAACAAGGAAAAGAUGGUCGACAACCGCUCGAUCACCCCGGACGAAGAUUUAAUCCUCAACGGGAUUUCACCACCCAGUCCACACACGCCAGAAGACUCGCCCUCACUCGACCAUAACCUGAGUGUUUCCAGGAUCGACGUUGACCAUGACGAGCCCACAGCUGGAAUAGAGGAGAAAGUCUUGGUGAAUGCCCAAAGCCCCGAGCCGAUCACGCCUCCAGAGAUCACCCCGGAUCACGAUGGAGAAGCGAUUCCUCCGGAACCGGCAAGCUCGCCGCUCCCACCACCCAGCACGUCUUUGACUGAGUUGGAUUCGUCCGUCCAAUCUACUUCCCCCCAGCCAGUCUCUGAAUCUAGAGGAAGCAGCCCCGCAGAGAAUCAUGCGAUCGGUUUACACCCGUAUCCCCAACGCUUCCAAGUAGAUAUCCCUCCCGCUCAGAGAUCCCGUGGGUCUCAUGGUCGGAAAAAGAAGUCGUCCAGGCAUUCUGCUGCUCCCCAACGAGAUCCUCUUGAGCAAGACUCGAAGUAUAACCAAUUCCCUAACCUUAAUCACAACAACCACAGAAAUACAAACAAUCAUCACGGUAAAAUCGUCAACAACUACCCUGAGCACUUCCGCAACAAUAACCAAAAACAUCACCAGAACCCCAAGAACAACCCCAACCACAAUCACAACAACAUCAAUCACACUCACAGCAGCAACGACUACUCCACAGCUGACACUGAUGUCCCCUUGAAUCAGAAUCAAGGUAAUUCACUCAAUCCACUGAUGGUCGAAGAUGAUUGAAAGAAAGACGGUAAGAGAUGACGUAUCGAACUAGAAUUCUUGGUAGUGGUAGAUAAGAACACAAGAGACUUGCCAAGGAUUUUGAAGCCAAUAUCGAUUAUGAUUAAUUAUCGUUCAACUUUUAUCCACCUUGCCGAGUUUAAUCGUCCUUUCAUUUGUUUAUUUAUUUAUCUUGUUUGGUUUGACCUUUCCUGUGAUUGUCGUCGUUUCUCCCCAAAAACUUACCAACCCCCCAACCACACAAGCUGCCUCAACUGUCUUAGAAUUUACUCUUGCCCACACAGUCCAUGCUUAUUUAUUUCUAUAUCCUUUUUUCAUCUUUUUUUUUUCUUUUUUGAAAUUCAUUUCGGUGUGUGAUCAAGCUCAUGAAUAUUUUUAACCAUAGCUAGAGCGUACUCGCCUGGACACGAUCCCUUCCCCCACCCACCCUCCACCCUGCCAUUCCUGAUAUAGUUUACAAUGGAUAUAUACUAUAUGUUGUUUCUUCCCUUAUUUUUGGGUUUUUGCUCGCACACCGGAUCAAUAUUAACCAAGUCUCACUCAAUCACCUCAUAAAUUCAAUCCAAUCAAAAACAAAUCUGGC